AUGGCUUCAUCCAAGAACGUUGUCUUUGACAUCGUGGGUACCCUCGUAUGCUACGACCAUCUUUACGAUGCAAUCGACCGCCGACUGGGAGACCGUCUACGUGCAGAGGGUAUCAAGCCAUGGCUACUUGGCCAGUCCUGGAUGGAAACUUCCGAGCGCGAAUAUACCAAUCUCAGUAUUGCCGGUCGAUAUGCACCAUACGGCGAGGUCUUUGAAUCGCUUUUCUAUCGCAUUCUCUGGAUGGGCGGAAUCCAGAAGCCUCGGGCAUUUGCCUCCCCGGAGGACCUGGCGUGGAUCAUGAAAGAAUACCAGAAGCUCACUAUGCGUCCCGGGGCAGCCGGGUGUGUCCAGAAGCUGCGCGAUGCUGGUUUUACCGUCUGGGCUUUCACAGCCGCUGAUUUAAAGCGUGUAGGCGGGUAUUUUGCAAAGGCAGGCAUUGAUUUGCCGGCGGAGAAUUUGCUAUCCUGCGAUGACGCUGGGGUAGGCAAGCCUGAUCUCGCUGCCUAUAAGCCAUUGCUUGAGAGACUGAAGGCAGAGAACGAUGGGAAGACUCCUUGGUUUGCUGCAGCUCACAUGUGGGAUGUCUCUGCCGCUCGGACUGCUGGAUUCAAGGGAGCUUACUGUACUGUGUUAGAGAAUGAGCCAUUACACAACCUGUUUGGGCACAUGGACGUCGUUGAUGAUACUCUACCAGGCAUGGCUGAGAAGAUUAUUGCUGCUCAGGCUGCCUCGUGA